UUAUUGAAUUUUGAAAAUAUAAUACCAAAGAAUUUACAAAUGAACUUAGCAAAGGCAUUUGGAUUGUUCCUAGUAGGCUUGGCCAUUUUCGUGUUCUCGUUCUACACAAUCUGACUUAUUGGAUACCCAUUCUUUCCAGAAUUUGUGCAGGGAUAUUUGUUGAACCCAACCCAGAUUACUUACUUGAUGGGAACAUUACUAGCAAUGGCUGGAGGUGUGGUCCUGCUCAUGCUCAUCUUGUCAGUGGCCAAAAGCAAAAAGAAGAAGUAAAUAAUCAAUAAUAAGCAGUAGAAUUAGGAGGAUUAUAUCCCUUUA